AUGGCUACGGCUACUCUGAAGCAUUUGGUGCUGGGGCUUGCUUCCUUGGAGAGAACCAUAGCAAGGCAACGAUCGCGCAUCAAAUGGCUCCAAGAAGGGGAUGCGAGCUCUAAACUGUUUCAUCUGAUCGCGAAUGGAAGAAAAGGCAAAAAUUUCAUACCUGCAAUACAGAAAGAUGGCGUGAUGAUAACUGGUCAGAAAGGGAAAGAGGAGGCAUUCUUCGAUGCGUUCUCGGCAAUCAUGGGGAGAGAUUCGGCGCGCGAGCACACAGUGGAUUUGGAGUACCUGAUCAUUGCUGCCCUGGAUCUCUCCGAGCAGGACUUGAUCUUGCAGGAGGAGGAGCGAUUGUCACUUUAUGCAGAUGAUGUGGUAUUAUUCAUCAAGCCAACCUUUGCAGACUUGUCCUUUGUUGUUGAGGCAUUGAGGAUUUUUGGAGAAGCAUCUGGUCUUAAAGUGAAUUUCACCAAGUCAUCUGCCAUACUCAUAAGGAGCAAUGAUGAGGACGAGGCCCUGGUUCGGAGCAUGGAGGAGGACACAGUGGACCAUAUCCUCAUACAUUGCGUCUAUGCCAGGCAGGUGUGGUUUCAAUGCUUCACCAAGGUUGAGAUCCCAUUGGAGUUGUCGCCUAAUGGACAUGAAAGGGUGGAGGACUGGUGGGUAGCUUCGAGGAAGAGGGUGCCCAAGGCACAGCGGAAGGACUUCGAUUCCUUUGUCAUGCUGCCCAAGAUCGACUCGCCCCAGCCCAAGAUCGCACACACCAGUGACUUCAAGUUCCUCGACAAGGCGGCCAUCGUCACGCAGUUGGGCAUGGAGGAGAGGCUGGAGGCAGCGACCUCGUGGAAGCUGUGCACCGUGACUCAGGUGGAGGAGGUCAAGAUCCUCCUCCGCCUGCUGCCCGUAAGGAUCACCAUCGUCAUCGUAUCAUCGGCCUUCUCGCAGAUGAACACCACGUUCGUGCAGCAGGGCAGCGCCAUGGAAAUGACCAUCCUGUCGGUGCCAGUGCCCGCGGCGUCGCUGGCCUCCCUCGAGGUGAUCUGCGUCAUGACAUGGGUGAUCCUCUACAACAAGGUGAUCGUGCCGGCGAUGAGUAGGUUUGUCUCCUCGAGCGGUGACGGCGAGCCGUCGCAGCAGCAGCAGCGAAUGGGCGCGGGGCGGCUCCUCAUGACGCUCACCAUGGCGGUGGCAGCGCUUGUGGAAAUGAAGCGGCUCGACAGCGCGGCGCGUGGGGUAGAGAUCAGCAUCUCGUGGCAGCUGCCCCAGUACUUCUUCCUUGCUGGAGGGGAGGUCUUCUGCUACAUCGUGCAGCUAGAGUUCUUCUUUGACGAGGCGCCGGACACCAUGAAGAGCAUGUGCACGUCGCUGGCUCUGCUCACCAUCGCGCUGGGGAGCUACAUGAGCUCCUUCAUCUACGCCAUCGUGGAGGCCUUCACGGCGACGGGAGACAGCCCUGGGUGGAUCUCCGACGACCUCAACAAGGGCCACCUCGACUACUUCUUCUGGGCCAUGGCUGCAAUGUGCACGCUCAACUUCGUCGUGUACAGCGGAAUCGUCAAGAACUACAGGCUCAAGACGAUCAUCUCGUGA